AUGGUAUCGAAGAUGGAAAUAGAUGAAUCAAAAGAGAAUACCAGUGAUGAGAAAGAAGAAAGUGGUGAUGCAAAGGAAGAGGAGAAAGAUGAUAUGUCAAAAGUGGAAGAUUCCGAUGCUGCUAUCCUAGAAAAUUUGCGUGCAUGGUGUUCACAAUUGGAAAAGGGUGAAUUGCAUGUACUCCCACGAAUGAUUCAACUUUUGCAUAAAACUCGAAAACAGUUAAGUGGAAAUGUGCUCAAAAAGUUGAUUACUUCGCAGUUGAUGGCAUUACCGCUUAUUAAGGAUCAACUCAUAUCUUGGCUUCCGACUACUCCAAGUAUUUCUGGUAUCGUCCAACCGAUGGAAGUGGAUGUAAGCAAAUGUGGACGUUCUCCACGACCUUCUAGACGAUCUGGUGGUCAGCCAUGUGUUGCUCCACCACCGGAAGUGGAGUUGUAUAUCCACUUGCUUGUCUUACUUCAUCUUGUUGAUCAAAAGAAACUAGAAGAAGCGGAAAAGUGUGUGGAAGCGCUAAUUGCACGGAUCGACCAUCACGAAAAACGUUCUUUGGAUUCCAUUGCUGCGAAAGCAUUCUUCUAUUUGUGUCUCAUUUAUGAAACAAAGAAUAAACUAGACCAGUUGAGAGCUUACCUAAAUGGUCGUCUUCGAACAGCAACACUUCGUCGCCAAUAUGAUUCACAGGCAGUGUUAAUUGUUUGUCUUUUACGUGCCUAUUUGAUUGGAAAACAUUACGAGGCUGCAGCUAUGCUUGUUUCAAAGGUAACAUUUCCGGAGGGUGCGUCGAAUAAUGAUCUGGCACGUUUCCUUUAUUAUCAAGGCAGAAUUAAAGCAAUGCAGUUGGAUUAUACUGCUGCUGCUGGUUAUUUCAUGCAGGCGAUUCGUAAAGCUCCGCAAGAUUCUGCUAUAGCUCUAUUGAAUUUCUUAUUCCGGAAUGUCCAAGAUGAUGAUUCUUCAAGCAAAGAUUUACAGGUGCAAAAAUGGAUUGUUGUGAUUAGUUUAUUACAAGGUGAAAUCCCAGAACGAUCUGUGUUUCGUGUACCAAUUCAUCGAAAAACACUAGUACCGUAUUUGGAACUUACCCAAGCCGUGCGUUUGGGUGAUUUGCUGUUUUUCAAUAAAGUACUGAACAAACAUGCAAAGCAUGUUUUCGGGCCUGAUGAAACUUUGACGUUGAUUGUCCGCCUUCGGCAGAACGUCAUUAAAACAGCACUGCGUCAGAUUAGUACUGCUUAUUCUUGUAUAUCAAUCAAAGACAUUUGCAAAAAGCUACUUUUGAAUAGUGAUCAGGAAGCCGAGUACUUGGUAGCUAAAGCAAUCAAAGAUGGUGGUAUUGAAGCAGUGAUUACAUUUGAUUCUCAGAAAUCAUCCAACAGAUAUAUGCAAUCGAAGGAAACGGAAGAUAUUUAUCGUACUACAGAACCGCAAACGCAUUUUGAUACUCGUAUUCGUUAUUGUUUGGAAUUGCACAAUCAAGCAGUAAAAGCAUUACGUUACCCUCCAACAGCUGGAAAAGGUGUAGUUGAAUCAAUUGAGGAGCAACGAGAGCGUGAACAGCAGGAAUUGGAAUUUGCGAAAGAAAUGGCUGAGGAAGAUGAUGAUGAUUUUUAA